AUGUCUCCGACCUUAAUCAACGGAAACCCGUUACCGCAAAUAUUGUAUGGUACGGCAAGAAGACGACACAAACCAUGUCCUGAUAUUGGGACCGCACUCAGCGUGGGAUAUCGAGGCAUCGAUACUGCAGCUGGCACUAUACAUCAUGACGAGACACUUGAUGGUCAGGCCACAUCGGCUUUCCUUCUUGCACAGACAAAUGAGCAAGAUUCGGUCGGACGAGGUGAUCUUUUCCUUCAAUCAAAGUACAUUCCAACCCCGAAGUCUGCUCAUCUGAGGAGUACAGGCCAGGAGCAGCCAAACACUGAGGCACCUGCUAUCCUCGCUUUGGAAAGUGUCAUGGGAAGCUCGACUCGACUGAAAGUAGAUAGCAUUGACUGUUACUUCGUCAACGCCUCGAGGACCCCCACUAGAACAAUCAUGGAAAUCUGGCCCGCUCUGGAGCAAGUUGUGGACCGUGGGGGCAUCCGAUAUCUCGGCCUUUCGAACGUCAAGCCGCAAAAACUGCGCUCAGUACUCAAGAACUCGCGUAUAAAACCAGCAUUUGUGCAGAACUGGUUUCGCAAAGAGACAGGAUACGAUCAUGAUGUGGCCGUCAUCUGCAAGGAGGAAGGCAUUGUCUAUCAAUUAUUUGGCAUCUUUGACGCUAGCAAUUCAUGGCUGUUGGACAGCCUGCCGGUGCAGUACAGGGCCCAGAGAAAGCACAUCAGCGCCCACGAAGCUCUACUACAGCAGAUGGUCGAAGAAACAACAGCAUCCGGCUGGAAUAUCUGUGUUCUCGAUGGCACUACCGACAAGGAUCACAUGGCUGGAAACCUCGCCGCUGUUGAACAAGCAGACAACCGGAGUGCAGAUAAGAAUGGAAUACUUCUUGAGCUUAUCGGGUGGAAAUGA